AUGUUCGCGUUUGCCCAAAAGCUCGUGUCGCAGGCUGAUAAGUAUAUCAACGAGGCCCGUGAUGAGGUUGACGAUCAGCCAUGCUCUCACGGGUUCAGAAUACUACACGUCGAGCCCAAUUCAAUUGCACAGAAGGCUGGCCUUGAAGCUCUCUACGAUUUCAUCAUCGCUGUUGAUGGAGAGACCGUGGACCAUGAGACACAGGAACACAACCCUUACGCCAGACAAUCACUUGACCAACCCGUUCAGGCACCCGUCGAUCGACUUACCCAACGACUUACUGGUGACAAUGUGACCCUGACUGUGUUCUCUUCCAAGGGACACACUGUCCGAAACGUCCAGGUUGAUGCCAGCACCGCCAAGCCUGAGUUUACCGAACCCGAUGCCAUUCAGCUGGACUCUGUGCAUGGAGGAGAUUUCGUUCGUGGCAACGAGUACGACAAGGAGGCCCUCAAGGAGGCCAGCACACCACCAGGACUGGGUGUCAGUCUUCAGUACACUCCUCUCGAUGUCGGUGACUACGUGUGGCACGUUCUUGACGUGGCCCCUAACUCUCCUGCCGAGCGAGCUGGUCUCAUUGCCCACUCUGACUACAUUGUUGGUGGCUCUGGCGGGUUGUUGGCCUCUGGAGGAGAGGAUCUGCUUUCGCGAGUCGUGGCUGUGCACUACUCUCGACAAGAAGACUGCCCCAUUCAGCUCUUUGUUUACAACUCCGACUACAACAUCACUCGGCCUGUUCUUAUUAUGCCCAUGAGAGGUUGGGGAGGCGCGGGUCUUCUUGGCUGUGGUGUCGGGUAUGGCCUUCUUCACCGACUGCCUGAGUUCCUGGGAGUUAACAGACCCGGCGACACUGUCUUCAACGCCGACGAACGAGCAUCAGCAUCACCUGCCCCCCCUCAGUCUUACCAGGCUCCUCCCCAAGGCGGUAUUCCUGCUGUUGCUUACCAACCACCUUCCGCAUACGCUCCUCCUCCCCCCACCGGUGGUCCUCGGCGGGCCAAGAAGCCUGCUACUGCCAUAAACGACUUCAGCGAUUACUUUGCUGAGCAAGAGAAGUCUUCUCGAGAGGCUGACCGAAUUUCUCUUGCUGCCCAGCCUGUCAAGGACAUCCCCCCUCCUCCCAAGAAGGCGUAA